AUGGGGUGCCGGAGCUCGCGGCUGGACGCGACGGACGUGUCCCCGGCGGCCGCGUUGUGCCGGGAGCGCCGGGACCUGCUGCGGGCCGCCGCGGACCACCGCGCGCGCCUCGCGGCCGCGCACGCCACCUACUUCCGCGCGCUCCCGCGCGUCGCCGACGCGCUCGCGCGGUUCGCGAGCCACCACCACGCCGCCACGCCGCCGCCGGGGUCGCCCGUGCUCACGCUGCCGCCGCCCUCCGACCACGACCACGACGACGCCGACGACGACGAGCCCAAGAAACAGCGGAGCGGGAGCGGCUCCGCGUCGGGUGGCUCCGCGACACCGCACACCGACUCCGGCCACUCCCACAUCCACUUCCACUCCGACGACGCCUCGGAAUCCGAUCCCGACUCCUCGGUCGACGACCCCUGCGCCGGCUCCGGAGGCUGUGGCGGUGCCCACGGCGAGAUCCCGCCGCAGCCGGCGCCUGUCCUUCGUCCUGGCGUCGUUCCCUUGCCCCCCGACCGCGGCCACGGCGAGCCCCAAGAACGCCAAAUCCAGGACCCAGGAUUUGCCAGGCCGGAGAUGCCGUGGGAGUACGCCUCCUACGAUCCCUAUCCUUCCUUCCCAAACACCGCAUUCCAAAAUGCCACAUUUCCCAGCUACUACUACAUGAAGGCCAGCACGACGCCGGCGAACACGGUGUACCAAGAACCGUACGGCUACGGCAACUUCGCCACCAGUUCGUCCUACGUGGGGUACAACUACGGGUACAGCAACCCAAUGUACGGCGUCCCGUUGCCACCAGAGGGGGAUCGGCCGGUGGAGGAUCGCGGCCGGGAACAAGCGGCGGCUCCGGCGCCGCCGCCGCCAAUGCCAAUGCCUGAGACGACACCGUGGGACUUCUUUAACCCCUUCGAUUCAUAUGAGCAGGACCUUCCUCAGUAUAAGAGCAAAGGGUACGACUCCAAUGGGUCGUUCACCAGCAGUCCCAACUCAAGUGAGGUGAGGGCAAGGGAGGGGAUCCCAGAGCUCGAGGAGGAGACGGAGCUGGAAUCUAUGAGGGAGUCUGUCAAGGCAAGGAAGGCUGUAGAGAGCACGGCAUCGAACCGGAUUGGCAAUGUGGAUGUCAGCGCCAAGGUAAAAGUGUCCAUGGAGCAUAAGGAAGUUGAGAUUGAGAGUGUGUAUAGUGCUUCGGUAUUUGAGUCAGGGGACGAGAGUAUGUGCAGUUGUGAUUGUGACCAUGUCAAUGCUCGAACAGAGGGGCCAGUGCAGGUGCCGGCAGGAGAUGAUCAAGGGAAGGUGAGGAAGGUGAGCUCAGAGGAUCACUCAUCCAUAGUAGUCGGAGAGGAUGAACCGCUGCCAGAGUUCACUGGGACAAGAGAUGUCGCCGAGGUUGUUGAGGAAAUAAAGGAGCAGUUCAAAUCAGUGGCUGCCUGUGGAGAUGACGUCGCAAGGAUCCUUGAGGUGGGGAGGAUGCGGUAUCGAUCACGGAAUAGAAUCUUAAGAUUGGUAUUCUCACGGAUGAUGGGGACCUUCGCUUUGUUGUUUUCUUCCAUAUCUGAGCCACCGGUGAAGAGCUUGGAACAAUCAGCUAUAAAUUCAUCCAAAGGAAGUCAGAAUUCCGGUAAAAGAUUCGAUCUUCCCAGUGAUGUUGAACUUAAUACUCUUUCCGCAACAAUGGACAGGCUGUACGUGUGGGAGAAAAGACUUCAUAAGGAAAUUAUGGAGGAAGAAAAAUUGAGGAUUACAUAUGACAAAGAAUGGAAGCGCUUGAAAGAGCUUGAUGCUAAUGGUGCAGAGCCAUAUAAGAUCGAUACAACACGGGCCUCAAUUAGGACACUGCUCACAAGAAUCAACAUUUCCAUCAGAUCAGCUAAAGUUAUUUGUAGGAGGAUCCACACACUACGAGAUGAUGAGUUACACCCACACCUUGUUACGCUUAUCCAAGGGUAUGACAGAUGCUUGUUAGAAUGUGGAAAUUCAUUAUUGAAUGCCAUCGGAAGCAAUUCCAUACCAUACUUCAAACUAAAUCUCAUAUUCUCAUCCCUAAGAAUGGACCUGAAAGAAGCUCCUCCAAGGAAUUGGAUCCUAUCCCAAAAAGCUUAUAUCGAAACCCUCAAUGGCUGGCUAGUCAAAUGGCUUCCUCAGGAAAAGGAGGAGACUCCGGAUGGCAUUGCACCCUUCUCUCCUGGUAGGCUUGGAGCUCCUGCUGUGUUCAUUACAGCUAAUGAUUGGUGUCAAGCCAUGAAAAGGAUACCAGAAGGCAGCGUCGUAGAUACAAUGGAGGCUUUUGCUGUCAACGUGCAUAUGUUAUGGGAGCGGCAGGAUGAAGAGCUGCAGCAGAAGUUGAAAGCUGACUACCUCUCUAGAGAUUUUGCAAAGCGGCUCAAAUCUCUUCAGAUGGAACAUGGCUUGCAAGGGCAUUUUGAAGCUGAUAAGCCAGUGUUGCCCAUUGCCGACAAUGGCAGGGCAGUUGAUAACCGCAUGGUUGCAUUGGAUACACUGCACAAGAGAUUGGAUGAACAAAGAGCUCGGCACGAGGAAACUGUGAAACAGAUUCGAGAGGCCAGUGCAGCUGAUCUGAAAGCAGGUCUGGCUCCGAUAUUUGAAGCACUGGAAUCUUUUAGUGUGGAGACGCUGAAAGGUUAUGAAAAUGUCAGGAUUCCAGUCGAAAGUGUUGGCGGUUGA